GUUAAAUCUCAGUCGACUGAUUUUUAGCAGGCCCGUUAUUAAAUUGUAUUUCACAACUGACUUUCUCUUUUUUUUUUUACUCUGUGCUAUCUGAAAAUAAUUGGAUAAAAGAAACACACAAGUUGCUCCAUUGGUCCAACCAAAUCAAUUAUAUAUGCUUCCACUCCAAAGGUAUUGCUAAUUAAGUCAUUUUGGUCACCUAUAUGCUAGUUUUUAUAUGAAAUGGAAUUAAACCCUAGCAACUCAGUUUAUUGGCCGAUCUGUUUUUUUGCCAUGUGCACAUGCUGGUAACCAGCUCAUAUGUGUAUACAGUUCAAAACAGGGUGCUACUUGGGAUCUUGAAACUAGUUACACCGUGGCAUGGUUUAAGUCAGUUACGAAGCUGGUCCGAGGGAUUAGGACUGAACCUGAACAUAUGGCUCUAAAAUGUUUAACCUAGAACCUGAGACACUAGCAUGGUGAUUUUGACAUUUUACACAACCUGAAGCUAGUUUUCUAGCUUCUGUUCUAUUCUGGCAACCUGAACUCUAGAGCUACAGAUAUUUGGUAAACGACCAUGCGUACAACAGGAUGACAACCUGAACUCUUCGCGCGCCGCGCGUCUUCGGCCCUGGACGAAGGCCUGCAUCUGGCGGCGGCUGCGUCUGGCCAGGCGCAGGCAAGCCGGGGCGGCGGCCCCGGGCUCGGCGGCGGCGCUGUUUCCUCCUCUCCCUCGGCUCGGGAGAGUGGGGGGCGGCGCUGAGGCUGGCCAUCGUCGAUCUGGUGCGGCGCAUCUGGAUCUCGCGGUGGAGGCUCUCCGGCGGGCUGCGGCGGCGACUCUCCGGUGUUCGGCGGCCGGCGGUGCGCGCGGGUUGCCUGGGGUCCCCUCCCUCGGCCGGGGGAGCUGCGGUGGUGGCGGCGUGCCGCAGCUCUUGGAUGGCGACGCGGCGGCGCCGCGACGGGUGUGUGGUGGUCUGCCGGUCUUCGGUUGCAGCGGGCGGUGCUGCGGCGCGUUUCGGCUGCAGGUGUUCUGUCCUGCGUCUUCGGCGACGCUGGACUCUGCGGUGGUGGGGCUGCCAUGCUCUCCACUGCAGCGAGGAGGGAGGAUGGCGGCGCGGCGGCGCCGUUCUUGGAGCAAAUCAAGAUGUUAGGCGUCUGAAGGGCACAAGCAUUUUCAGUAUGCCUAAACUGAUAGUAGCAGAUAUGUGGUUACCUCACAUAAGCAAGUCAUACAUACGAUGUGCGGCGAGGAGGAGCAACAGCAGCAGAGGAGGAAGGAGACGGCGACGAGUGAGAAGCCGCUGCUGGGUCGGCGCCAUGGAUGCUGGCUUGAGCUCUGCAAGUGGCAAGUGGGAGGGGUUUGCAAGGGUUCUACCUAUAGGCGAGAGAGAGAGAGAGAGAUCCAGGAGGAGUUGUCGCUUAUGUAAUAAUGCAGUGAUACCAGUGCAGCGCAGACAGCCGACAGAGGAAGCAGAGCAAGGUGCAGUGUAGGUAGCUAGCUAGCUACCACGGAGACCAUGCCUCUGUGCUUCUUGAUUACACCACUGACCACCCAGCCCAGCCAGCAUCGCAUGUCCCUCUCUCACAUUCAGCCGCAGUGUCUCUCCCCUCCCGUGACCAUCACACAAUAUUAUUACUACCACCCAGCAGCACACAAGGUACAAAGGAUGGAUGGUCACUUUUGGUCGGUCCCACACACACAGAGGCAAGCACACUAGUAGUAGUACAUCCUUCACUCACUCACCGCCAGUUUUUUAUCUUGAAUUUCUAUCCCUGAAUGUGAAUCAGUUAUACACAGAAUGAGUGAUAAUAGGGAUGACAUACAUAAA